AUGCGAACUCUGAGCAACUAUCUGAUUGUGAAUCUAAGUGUCGCCGAUCUGCUUGUUACUAUAUGUAACAUACCACGUAUAAUUUCCAUAUUGUUGGUGGGUUACGAGUGGUUGAUAAGAGGAAAGUUUGCUCUUUCCUUGUGUAAGGUCACCAGCGCUGUACCUUUUGUUGCUCUGCUCGUUUCUACUUUGAGUUUUACGUUUAUCGCUUUGGAUAGAUUCUUAGCAGUAUUUUUUCCACUCCGACGCCCCAUGACCAGAAAAAUUAUGGUUGGAAUAAUCGCCUUCACAUGGAUUCUGUCAUGCUGUUGCUACGCUCUGGUAUUCCAUUACGCAACGCUGGUGGAAAUAAAUGGAAAGACAUACUGUGCGAACCGUAUUGUGAGAGAUCUUUUGAAAUCACAAGAAAAUUUCCGUACUUACUUGAUCUGCGAUUUUAUUCUCGUGACUGGAAUACCGAUUGCUACGACCACAAUAUUGUAUAUCGUAAUUGGGGUGAAAAUGUGCACUCGGGUAACUCCAGGGAAUCAAACUGCCGCCAAUGCUGCCCGGAAUCGUACAGUUAAUCGUAAGGUGAUAUCUAUGUUUGUUGCAGUCCUCAUUGCAUUCUGCAUUUGUUGGAUGCCAACUUGGGUUGCCUUGGCCUGUUUGAAUGUGCCACCACCGAGAAUGUGCCACAAUGAUGACUUCGCUUACAUCAGGUAUUUCCUGUCCUACUCAAACAGUGCAGUGACACCGUACAUCUACCCUGUUUCAAUCAGAAUUUUCGAGAAGGUUACCUGCAUGCUUUGA